GCCGGGCCGGAUCAGGCGUGCCUAGCGUAUCCGAGUGACAGCCGCAAAAGAAACAAGAAUGGACUCUAAACGGGAAAUACCAGCUUGCGAUGUCUGCCAACAACCAGCUAACCAGACCUGCGGUGGGUGCAAACAAGUCUAUUACUGCUCCAGGUCACACCAGAAGCAAGGAUGGAAGGAUGGACACAAGACAAGAUGCUGCCCAUUCAAAAUUCAAUUCACUCCCGCUUUAGGCAGACAUAUGAUAGCCACCAGAGAUAUCAAGCAGGGAGAAACUAUACUCAAAGAGAAGCCAGCGGUGGUCGGGCCUAGAAUGGCCAGUACAGCACAUUGUUUAUCUUGUGGAAAGAAACUGCAACCAACUAUGAUAGAAGAAAACUUAGAUUAUUAUAAAUGUCCACUAUGCAAUUGGCCAAUGUGUGGCCCAGAAUGUGCUAAAGAUGAUGUUCAUAAAAAUGAAUGUAAGACUAUGAUAAGUAAAGGAUAUAAGUGUAGUAUAAAAUAUGAAAACAAGGAUAAGACAGAAGCAGCAUAUUGUGUGAUAGCACCACUAAGAGUAUUGUUAAUGAAAGAAUCAAAUCCUAAACAAUUUGAUAGUAUAAUGAAUCUGGAAUCCCAUCUGGAUAAACGUAUCCAUACUCAAUUGUACAAUGUGUUAAAAAGUAAUCUAGUGGCUUUUAUUAAGAAUGUUAUUGGAUUGCCUUUCAACGAUGAGACAAUUUUACAAGUAGCAUCCAUUUUUGAUACAAACUCAUUUGAUGUAAGAUCUCCCGACGGGACUAAAAGAUUUAGAGCGAUUUAUGUCACAGCUUCGAUGAUGAACCAUAACUGCAGACCUAAUACCCGUCAUAUUUUUCAUGGUAACGAUUACAGUAUGGUGCUUUUAGCGACUGUACCCAUAGCUAAAGGUGAACUCAUUACAGCUACAUACACACAAUCUCUUUGGGGGACUCUAGAUAGAAGAAAACAUAUAAAACAGACUAAAUGUUUUGAUUGUGAGUGCGAAAGGUGUGCAGAUCCAACUGAAUUUGGCACUUAUUUAGGUAACAUAUACUGUUCACUUUGCAAUGGACCUUUUAAUGAAAGCGGUCUUUCUGGAGCAAUGCUUGUAUCAACGAAUACUUUUGAUGAUACCGCACCGUGGAAAUGCGAGAAAUGUGACCAUUAUAUUCAAAGCCGACAAAUGUUUUGGGGAAACAAUGCAUUGAAACAAGAUUUAAAUAAACUCAAUAAAACUGGACCACAGGAACUAGAGGAGUUUGUAGAGAAAUACAAUUUAACUUUGCACCCAACAAACCAUUUGAUAGUUCAAGCGAAAUUAGCUUUGGCGCAAAUUUAUGGAAACUAUAAAGGAUAUACUUUACCAGAAUUGUCGAAUGAUUUAUUGAAUCGUAAAAUAGAAAUCUGUCAUGAACUCCUCGAAUUAGCAGACAAGUUGGAACCUGGAUGGACAAGAUUUCGUGGCACGAUUCUUUUGGAGCUCCAAGCAGCUAUGUCGAUGCACACGAAGAGAGAAUUUGAAGCUCAGAAGCUAACGAAGACCGGAGCUCAGGAUCAGCUAAUGCAGAGUAUGACAUUACUUCAGGAGGCAAUGAAUAUUUUAAAAGUGGAACCACACAUGAUAGAGACUUUGGAAGCGAAAGUGAAGGAACUCUCAAAUCAGUUGGACGCGGCUAACAGUUUUCCAGAAUGACACGUGCUAAUAAAAAACAAAUUUAAUAAAAUGUAUUUAUUUUGUUAUAACACAAUAUAUUUUUAAAGUAUUUAC